GAGCCCCCUGCUCCGGCCUCACUCGCCGCCACCGCCAUGGGUCGGAGCUUUUCCUUCUUCCUGCUGCUGCUUCUCCUUCAGCUCCCGGGGCCGGGAGCCGCCUUCUCCCUCCUGCGGUACCACUACAACUGCGGGGAUUACGGCAUGCAACUGCUGGCAUACCCCACCCGCGGCCGCACCGUCCGCUUCAAAGUCCUGGAUGAAUUUGGCACCCGCUUCGACGUGGCCAACUGCUCCAUCUGCCUCCACUGGCUCAACGCCGGGGCAGACGGUGCCGUCAUCUUCUCCUCCGGCUACGAGGGCUGCCACGUCCUGGUGAAGGAGGACCGCUACGUCCUGAGGGUGCAGCUGGAGGAGAUGCUGCUCAGCGGGGUCCCGGCCGCCUCUUAUGAAGUCAACAUGACCUGCCCACAGCCGGCGGACUAUGAGAUCCUCACGGGUGGCAACCCACGCCUCAACCAGCAAGCCAAUCGGGGCAACGGCGUCCACCAGACCCAGGCUGAUGUCCUCGUCCCCCUGUCCCAGCCUGGCCUCCUGCACCAUGUGUCUCAGUCCACCCUCACCCUCCCAGGACCCCAAAUCUCUCCCCAAGCCCACUCGGAGCCUGUUCACCCUGUGGCUCACACCCAGCCGGUCCUGGUGCCCCCAGGGCUGCAGCCCCAGCCUGGCCAUUCUCGCCCAGGGCUUCAGACCCAGCCUAGCCAGGCUCGCCCCAUCACCCCACCCCAGCAGGGUUUAAUACGCCCCGGCAUGCAGCCCCCAGCCCAGCGCCCCAGGACUCAGCCCCAGCCCGGGCUCCUUCGCCCGGGGCUUCAGAGCCAAAACCAGCCUGGGCUGGUGCACCCCGGAGUUCAAAGCCAACCAAGUCUUCUUCGCCCAGGGCUUCAGAGCCAAAACCAGCCUGGGCUGGUGCCCCCCGGAGUUCAAAGCCAGCCAAGUCUUCUUCGCCCAGGGUUUCAGAGCCAAAACCAGCCUGGGCUGGUGCCCCCCGGAGUUCAAAGCCAGCCAAGUCUUCUUCGCCCAGGGUUUCAGAGCCAAAACCAGCCUGGGCUGGUGCACCCCGGAGCCCAGCCCCAGCCAGGUCUUCUUCGGCCAGGGAUUGUACCCCAAAACCAGCCCGGGUUGGUGUCCCACAGCGUCCAGUCUGGCUUAAUGCACACUGGUGCUCAGACUCAAGCAGGUUUUGUACGGCCAGGAGCUCAGCCCCAAAGCCAGCCAGGCUUAGCUCGCCCUGGCCUUCCGACUCACUCCCAAACUGGGCUCCUCCGCCCUGGGCUCCAGAGCCAAACUGGGCUGCCUUACCCCGGCUCCCAGUCCCAGCCAGGUCUGGUCCGCCCGGCUCUGCAGAGCCAAACUGGGCUGGUACACCCCGGCCAUUCCCGACCGGGUCUAAUGCGCCCAGGACUCCAGUCCCGGCCGGGUUUUAUUCGUCCUGGACUUCAGGCUCAGCCCCAGCCGGGGCUAGUGCGUCCAGGACUUCAACCCCAAGCCCAGCCUGGUUUGCUGCGUCCUGGGCUCCAAUCCCAGCCCAGUUUAUUGCAAUCCACGGCGCUCUUCUACCCCUCGGCAGGGGCGGGCACCCAGCUGACACGGGAGCAGUGCCAGGUAGCGGUGGGGAGGAUGCUCUGCGUGGCCCCCCAGGGCCGGGAGGCGUGCCUGCAAGCGGGGUGCUGCUACGAUGACAUGGACCGCGUGGCACCCUGUUAUUACGGCAACACGGCCACGGUGCAGUGCCUGCGGGACGGGAAUUUUGUGCUGGUGGUGCCGCGGGGGCUCGCCACCCAGCCCUACAACCUGGACAGCGUGCGCCUUGCCAGCACCCAGCCGGGCUGCGAGCCCCUCCGGGUGACCGAGACCUUCGUGAUGUUCCAUUUCCCCGUCACGCAGUGCGGCACCACCGUCCAGGUGAUCGAGGACCGGUUGAUCUAUGAGAACCAGCUGAUCUCGACCCUUGAUGUCCAGGGGUCCCCCCGUGGCUCCGUCACUCGGGACAGCAUCUACAUCCUCCAAGCUCGUUGCAUCUACAAUGCCAGCGACCUCUUGCCCCUUCGCAUGGAGGUGGCCGUGCCCCCCACAGCCACCCCCCUGGCCAUGCCGGGGCCGCUCGGGCUCCAACUCCGCAUUGCUACUGAUGAGAGUUACAGCUCGUACCACCCUGAAGGUGACUACCCCUUGGUGAGGGUGCUCCGGGACCCCAUCUACGUGGAGGUUCGCCUCCUCCAAAAAACAGACCCCAAUUUGGUGCUGGUCCUGCACCACUGCUGGGCAGCCCCCAGCCCCGACGCCGCGGCCGAGCCUCAGUGGCCCAUCCUGGUGGAUGGGUGUCCCUUCACAGGGGACAACUACAGGACCCAGCUCGUGCCCGUGGGACCGGCCUCACCCCAGUUGCCUUUCCCGAGCCACUACCAGCGCUUCGUCAUCUCCACCUUCACCUUUGUGGAGCCGCCCUCCAUGGCGGUGCUGGAGGGAGAGGUUUACAUUUCAUGCAGCGCUUCCGUCUGCCACCUCGCCCAGCCUGAGCCCUGCCGGCCCUCCUGCCAGCUGGGAGUGCCCUCGCGAGCACGGCGGGCUCUGGGGGCCAGGACAGCCGAAGGCGUGCGCAGUGUCACCUCCCAGGGACUUGUCAUCUUCCCCAAGGUCCCCAAACUGCAGCGAGGCUGA